UUCCCGUGCGUCACUUCCUGAACAGCGCUCGCGAAGCCAGUUUAGGGCAGUCAAAGCCAUACUUCUCGGUGUCGCGUGCGCUGUCAACAUCCAGCAUACACAUACACUUUACCGGAUAAUACAACUCGGUGCGCGCGCGUGUGGUAGCUUCUCCUAGAUCAACAACGCGCUUCAUCAUGGCUUUAAGGUGAUCUUCAAUCCAGGUGGUGCUGGACGUUCGCAGCAGAUUCUGUACGUUGUGAAACGGGACCUCCAUGGAUCGGACUUGUUUGUCCAGAACGUUCCGCGGAUCCCUGAUCGGAUUGAGAUUUGAGGAAUUCGGAGGCCGGGUCAACGUCUCGAUUACUCUGUCGUGUUGCUGAAACCGUUGCUCCUGAACCAUUUGUUGAGCGUGGCAGGGCAGAUUAUCGUGCUGAAAGACGCCGCUGCAGUUAGGACGAGUGGAUUUGGUCUGCAGCAUUGUUUAGGUCGGGGGUACGUGUUAAAGCAACAUCAACAUGAAGGCCAGGACUCAGGGUUUCCCAGCAGAACGUCAUCCAGAGAAUUAGACUGCCUCAGCCGGCUUGCUUUCUUACUAUAGUGCAUCCUGGUGCCGUCUCUUCCCCGGGUAACGACACACACGCACGCACACACGGCCGUCCACAUGAUGUAAAAGAAAAUGUGAUUCAUCAGACCAGACCACCUUCUUUCAUUGCUCCAUGGUCCAGUUCUGAUGCUCAUGUGCCCAUUGUAGGUGUUUUCAGUGGUGUACAGGGGUCAGCAUGGGCACUCUGACCAGUCUGCAGCUACACAGCCCCAUACACAGUGUGCUGUGAUGCACUGUGUGUUCUGACUCCUUUCUGUCAUAACCAGUAUGAACUUUUUCACCAGUUUGUGCAACAGAAGCUCUUCUGUGGGAUCGGACCAGACGGACUAGCCUUCACUCCCCACACGCAUCAGUGAGCCUUCGGUGCCCAUGAUCCUGUCACCGGUUCACCGGUUGUCCUUCCUUGGACCACUUUUGCGUGUAGACCUGCCUUAGCAAUCUCAUCUCGUCUCGUCUCGUCUCGUCUGGUCUGGUCUCAUCUCGUGUCAUGUCCUGUUCUUGCUGAACUCUAGCUGUUCAGAGUUACGCAGUUAGUGCUGGACAAAAUGACCAAACCGGCUUCUCGUGUACGAUAUGGGAUGGACGGCAGUGCUGGCUGGGGCUUUUGACGACGCGUCAGUCUCUGAGGUCUGCCUUUUUCAGGGUCUGCAUCGUGAGAGAGCGAGAGCGUGAGAGCAAACUCUUCCACAGGAACAGGCUGCCUUGGGCCCUGGUGCCCCAGGUUUUAAGGUAAGUAUCCGUACUCUUUGGACGGGAGCUGGAGCAGGAGCCCAGGAUGGAGAAGGAGGACCUGACGAUUAUUAAUAAGGGGCUGGAGGAUGAAAUGGAGAUGAGAGGGUACAAGCUGUGCCGCUGGAAGCUGGCCUUGGUGGCAGUGGGUGUGCUGUGUACCGGAGGCUUUCUCCUGCUGCUGCUAUACUGGUUGCCCGAGUGGUGUGUCAAGGGCACGUGCACCCGCACAACCAUCCGCGACGCCCAGGUGGUACUGCUCCAGAGCACUGACGAGUUUAAGCGCUGGUUCCUAGCUAAGGUGCGUGUGAUGCUGGCCCCGGGAAAGGACCCUUUUAGCAGCCUGGAUUCGGAGAGCACCACCCACAUGGCCAACGGCCACACCCCCCACCCCUCUGACGCCUCAGCCAAAGGCUUCAUCAGAAAAUACGCAGAGUACCAGCCUGUACAGAUCCGCUAUUUUACACUCCAUAGUGCAAAGUACUACUGGAACGAGGCUGUCCAAAAUUAUGAAGUGUUAACGGGUCUCGAGGACUUGGAGCCUAGGUGUUCCAGCAUCCACUCGGAGCAUAGUGACGGCCUCAACCGAAACCAACAGGAGUACAGGAGACUAUUUUUUGGAGUGAAUGAAAUCUCUGUCAAAGUGCCUUCCCUUUUCAAGCUGCUUAUCAAGGAGGUCCUCAACCCCUUUUACAUCUUCCAGCUCUUCAGCAUUAUCCUGUGGUGUUCUGACGAAUACUACUACUACGCUAUGGCUAUAAUGUUAAUGUCAAUCAUAUCGAUAGCUACCUCUCUGUACACCAUCAGAAAGCAAUAUAUCACGUUACACGACAUGGUGGCUACCCACAGUACUGUUCGUGUAUCAGUCUGCAGAACCAAUAACGAGAUUGAAGAAGCUUUGUCUACAGACCUUGUCCCAGGUGAUGUCAUGGUCAUCCCGAGCAACGGAACCAUCAUGCCCUGUGACGCAGUGCUGAUUAGUGGAACCUGCAUCGUCAAUGAGAGCAUGCUUACAGGUGAAAGUGUGCCCGUCACGAAGACUAACCUGCCCAACCCACAACAUGGAGACAGGGGGCCUGAGGGGGACAAGGUGUACGAUAUGGAAGAGCAUAAGAAGCACACGCUGUUCUGCGGCACACACAUCAUCCAGACCCGGUUCUAUUCAGGAGAACUGGUUAAAGCUGUUGUGGUCAGGACGGGCUUCAGUACAGCCAAGGGACAGCUGAUUCGAAGCAUCUUGUACCCUAAACCCACAGACUUCAAGCUUUACAGAGAUGCCUAUCUGUUCCUGCUUUGUCUUGUUGGAGUGGCUGGCAUUGGCUUUAUCUACUCAAUCGUGCUGAGCGUAAUGAAUGAGGUUCCUGCUAAAACCAUCAUUAUCGAGUCGCUGGACAUCAUCACCAUCACGGUGCCACCCGCACUGCCUGCGGCGAUGACGGCGGGUAUCGUGUACGCACAGCGACGUCUCAAGAAACUUGGCAUCUUCUGUAUCAGUCCGCAGAGGAUCAACAUCUGCGGCCAACUGAACCUUAUCUGCUUUGACAAGACAGGCACGCUCACUGAAGAUGGCUUGGAUCUGUGGGGCGUGCAGAGAGUAGAGAACAGCAGGUUCCAUCACUCAGAGGAGAACGCCUAUAAAGAGAGUCUGGUGAAGUCUCACUUUGUGGCAUGCAUGGCCACGUGCCACUCUCUCACCAAGAUCGAGGGCCAACUCUCUGGAGACCCUCUGGACCUGAAGAUGUUUGAGGCCACUGGCUGGAUCCUGGAGGAGGCCACCGAAGAGGAGACUUCUCUUCAUGAACGCAUCAUGCCCACUGUGGUGCGCCCACCCAAGCAGCUCCUUCCUGAACCUGUGAUGUCACCGGAGCAGGACAUGGAGCUGUACGAGCUGUCGGGUUCUUACGAGAUCGGAAUCGUGCGGCAGUUCCCCUUCUCCUCAGCGUUGCAGAGGAUGACCGUGGUGGCUCGGCUGCUCGGAGAAAAGCGAAUGGACGCCUACCUCAAGGGGGCGCCUGAGGUUGUGACAAGUCUAUGCAAGAAAGAGACCGUGCCACAGGACUUUGCAGAGGUACUGGAGAACUACACUAAACAGGGUUUCCGCGUCAUCGCUCUGGCACACAGGCGCCUGGAGUCCAAACUGACCUGGCAUAAAGUACAGAACAUUAACAGGAAUCACAUAGAGACGAACAUGGAGUUCUUGGGUCUGAUCGUUAUGCAGAACAAGCUGAAGCCCGAGACUCCUGGCGUUCUGGAGGUCCUCAGACAGGCAAACAUCCGCACGGUCAUGGUCACAGGUGACAAUAUACUGACCGCUAUCUCAGUGGCACGGGACUGUGGCAUGAUCCUGCCCCAGGACCGAGUCAUUAUUGCUGAUGCCCUGCCCCCUAGAGAUGGCCAGGUGGCCAGGAUCAACUGGCGCUAUGCAGACAACCCCAACAAGCACUCCAGCAAGCCUGAGGAGGUGGAGAUUGGUGUGGAGGACGGGCCUGAAGAACUAAGGUCUGUGGAGAAGUACCACUUUGCCAUGAGUGGCAAAUCAUUUGCCGUCAUUACUGAGCACUUCCAGGACCUGCUCCAGAAGCUGGUGCUACAUGGAACGGUUUUUGCAAGAAUGUCUCCAGACCAGAAAACCCAGCUAGUGGAGGCUCUACAGAGCGUCGAUUACUAUGUUGGAAUGUGUGGAGAUGGAGCCAAUGACUGUGGGGCCCUGAAAAGAGCUCAUGGAGGUAUCUCUCUCUCUGAACUGGAGGCCUCAGUGGCUUCCCCUUUCACUUCCAGAACUCCCAACAUCUCCUGUGUGCCCAGCCUAAUCAGAGAAGGCAGAGCAGCUCUCAUUACGUCUUUCUGCGUGUUCAAGUUCAUGGCCCUGUACAGCAUCAUCCAGUACCUCAGUGUCACCCUGCUCUACUAUAUCCUCAGCAACCUGGGGGACUUCCAGUUCCUGUUCAUUGACAUGGCCAUCAUCCUUGUUGUUGUGUUUACCAUGAGUCUGAAUCCGGCGUGGAACGUGCUGGUUUCUCAGCGUCCCCCCUCAGGUCUGAUCUCAGGCCCUCUGCUCUUCUCCGUACUCACUCAAAUCCUCAUCUGCCUUGGCUUCCAGACCUUCACCUUCCUGCUCGUGCGUAACCAGGACUGGUACGAGAUAUGGAGCCCCGAGUCAGAUGCCUGCAAUACGUCCUCCUACAGCAAUCUCUCGCAAAACUCCUCAGAGAUUGAUGACCACAACAUCCAAAACUACGAGAACACUUCCCUGUUCUACGUCUCCUCCUUUCAGUACCUCAUCGUUGCCAUCGUUUUUUCCAAAGGCAAACCAUUCCGUCAGCCCAGUUAUAAAAACUGGCCUUUUAUGGUGUCUGUGGUCAGCCUGUACAUAUUCCUGUUAGUCAUCAUGCUCUUCCCUAUCUCUGAUAUCGAUGAUGCUUUACAGAUUGUGUGUGUUCCUUUCAACUGGCGUAUCACUGUGUUGAUUAUAGUGCUGGUUAACGCUGCCGUGUCAGUCUUUGUCGAGGAAGGAGGUGACUUGUGUACAUCAAGGUUCUUCUCGUGGCUGUGUUGCCAGCGUAGGAAGGUGCCCAAAGCACGCUACAUGCAUCUGGCCCAGGAACUCAGCGUGGAUCCGGACUGGCCCCCCAAACCCAAAACCACCACAGAGGCCAAACCUCCGCCUCAGUCAGAAAAUGGCUCCUACCAAAUCAUGGCUGCUUCCUAGCACCCCUCCACCACCACCCCAAAGCUUUCCCCUCCCACUUUUUUGGAUGCUCUGAUAUCAUGGAUCAUCACAGGAUCACCAUUAGAGAGAAAAAUGCAUUUUGUCACCAUGACGACAUUUAUUUUUUUUAUUUUGUAAGAACUAUGAAACAGACAGCAUUCUCUCUACAGAGGCACCGUAAGCAAGGUUGUUUAUUAUUCUUCAUAUUUUUGCCACUGCUUCAUCUUUGUACACCACAGGCUGGGAACUGUGGAUGCUCCACGUAAGGAGAUGGGACAUAUGACCGCACCUGGACCACACUGUCUACAAUAGUUAUUUUUAUCGUCUGUUAGCUUAGCCACAAGUAUCCGAUUGAAUGGGCUGCAUGCUAAAGUCUUGGGGGACAUCAGCAAUCUGCAUGUGGAGCCCACCAAACUGUAACAGCUUCAGCAGACAGUAUUUGCCACCAGUCAUUUUUGUAAACAACAACAACAAAAAAACCCAACUUAUAUAACGCUCUUUUUGUAUUUCUUCCCAUGGAAGAAUAGAGUCAUGAUUAAGCAGUCGUGGGCCAAAGGAAUGGUGCGUAAUUUGGGGUAAUUGAGCGACACCGAUUAUGGAAGACCACUCUUAUUAGCAGAAAUCGUAAUCCUCGCAGUGAUUUUCUAUUCAGACGUCUCUGAACAGAAGAGCAGCCAGCCAGCCGGUACACACUGAUGACUGAUUAUUCCUGUGUAGUGUUCAGGGGGCCUUCACGAUGAAAUGCCCUUGAUGGUUUUUACAUUUCCAUGAAGCAAAAAUAUCAAGGCUAUUAAAAACCACGCCCAUUAAUUGAACCUUCGAUGAUGUGAUACGAGCUUGUCCGACCUACCCUUAAAGAAGCAGAGCAAUUUAUUUAAACAAACAACCAAAACAAAAGAGCCAGUCAUUUGUUGUCCAACAGUAUGGAUGGAAAGAGUUGAAAAUGAUUGAAGUCCAAUCCAAUAGAGGACUUAAUUGUAUUCCAGUCAGAAUUACAACUACCGCUAUGCUACAUUUCAUCAUAUGCAAAUUAUUAUUGUUUUUGAUCCUCCGAAAAUAUUUCAAUAUAAUGGUUCAGACAUAUCAAAUAUGAAUUUUGCAUCUUGUUUGUUUUGGUUUUUUUUUGCAUGUCUUGUCCUGCGAGCGCAGAUUCAGUAUAAAAAUCUAACUUUUAAUGCGUCCAUUGUUCUUCAAAAUGAAAUGCUGCUUUUAAGAUUCAGUCGUUAAUGGCUUAAUGAUAUAACGUAAUGAUGAUGAUGAUGAUGAUGAUGAUGAUGUGUUUCUGCUGAGAGACGGCAUUCUCUGCAUUUUUUUUUUUUUUUUGCUUUCAUUUAUCUCUUUCCCCCUCUCAGUAUACACACCAGCACCCAGAGUAUGACAUUUUUACAUUUCACAUUCACAUGUCCAGCAUUUGGCAGACACCCUUAUCCAGAGCGACUUACAUUUAUCUCAGUUAUACAUCUGAGUAGUUGAGGGUUAAGGGCCUCGCUCAAGGGCCCAACAGUGCCAGCUUGGCGGUGAUGGGGUUUGACCUCUUGACCUUCUGAUCUUAACCACUGAGCUCCCACUGCUCCACAUGACGCAUACCAGCAGUUUCUAUAUUAUAAAUGUAAAAAGUAUGACGCUGAACUGAUUAGAGGCGAUUGUAUUGUAUUAGGAUCUUGAGAUUAGAUUGGACUCUAAUGCAGGUCAGAAAGCACAGUAUAAACUACAGUCAGCCAUUUUAAUUCCUCUGAGGUUUUAAUAUUGAACGCUGUCUGUAGGCUUCGUGGUUAGGGGUUAAUGUACAUUUAUUUAUGCUUGCUCAAACUCCACUUUUCCCAAUCAGCUUUUUUUUUUGUAUUUUUCCUCGAUUGUGGAUUUUUUUUUUCUUUCAGCGAAAGGGCUAUAGCUUUACAAAUUUUGUUCAUUCCUAUUUUUGGUACCUUUUUUUUUUUUUUUUAAAUCAACGAUCAUGCGUGACUGUCUGUAUGUGAUUUUGUAAAGUCUGCACUUGUUGUUACACAAUUGUCCGUCUUGUCAUUUCCUUGGUGCAAACGUGCUCAUGAUCAUUUCUGCAAAGAAGGAUUAAUAUUUAUUGUAUUGUAGUUUGUUGAGGUAGUAAGGAUGAAUGAUCAGCGUUAAGCAAUGUGCAAGAUCUUGUUCUUACAUUAUUUAAUGUCCAUGUGACCCUUAAAAAAAGAUGCAUAUGUAAUUCUUUAAAAAAAAAAAAAAAAAAAUCCAUCUUGCAUCAUCCCACACUGGAUUUGGCCGACAGGACAGGACGAUCGCUUGUGUGUAGUACUUUGGGUAUUAGGGGAAAUGUUAAAUUAUUAUUAUUUUUUUUUUUUUUAAAUUGUUUGUCAUUUCUAUUUAAAUCAGUUUAUGUAUAAUGCUGUUUUUGUGUGUGUGUGUGUGUCUUUUCUUUUUCCCUCUACGAGAGCUAGUGGACAUGAUGACACGGAGAUGUCAUAUUUAUAAGCCCUGCAUCUUAUUACUCAACUCAAACCUGAAGUAUUUCAUAACCGCUCAAAAGUUAAUCUAGUAUGUCCUUCCUUUAAACACCGUUUCAGUCAGUUGUGUGCCGACGUGCGUUUUCUGAAAGAAAAAAAUAAAUAAAAGGUACAUAAAAUUACCCAAGGAUGAAUCUUGGUCAGUGAAGAGGGUUUGUUCUAGCCAGGUUAUUAAGUAAUAUGCAUAUGUAAUUGGAGGACAUGUUUUGUUUUUGUUUGUUUGUUUGUUUUUUAAAUGCACAUCGAACGUUUAUAAUGCUUUAUCGCAGAUCCUAAACACUGCCCAUCGUCAACAUGCGGUUUUUUUUUUAAAUAGCUUAGAAUGAUUUUGCAAAAUCAGUACAAAUCUGCACAUGUACAUGAUGUAUGCUUUACUCUAAACACCAUCACUUUUUUUAUAUAUAUAUAUAUAUGUGGAUGUGCUUACAGGAAAAUUAUUAUUAUUAUUAUUACUGGUGGUUUAAUUUCCUCAGGGAAAUAUGUUUGAAUAUGUUCUGAAUAAAAGAUUGACACUGACACUGAAUGAAUGAGUGCAAAUGUCAUGAGUCAGUAUCCUGAGUACCUUCCGUGUCCGUAAACAAUGACGUUUUUAACAGAUUUUUGGAAAUCCUCUCUUUUGUAAAAAUAUAAAUAAUAAUAAAAAUUGUAAACUGCA